AUGCCGUUUGAACCAAAGGAGAUUCCGCCUGGAGCGUUGCCAUACUUUGAAGACUCAACAACCGUGACCGAUGCAUGGAUUCCCUAUUACAGCCAUGGCUGCACAUUUGGCCCCGAGAUAUUCUCCAGUAUCAUGAUGAAUAUGAUUCGCAACCCCAAUCUCAAUACGUCUUGGCUGUUUCGGGCAGAUAUUCUUUACGACAAUGGCAGCAACGAUGAGGGUGCAGAUGCCACCGAACAGUUACACGGAACCAGUCAACCUAGACUUCGAGACAUCCCAACCAUACCUCGACAACGUGCCUUGGUACGAAAGUUAAUUCCUAGAAGCGAGAAAAGAGAUAAACCUUUGGAUCAAACGUGUACUUUUCAUGUUGCAAAUGAGCCGGAAACACUCAUCACAUCCCUGGUCAUUUACAUCCCUCACGCUUCUGUGGAGGAUCUCCCUUUCUACCACCCAAAAGUUCGUGGUAUCGCACAUCUUCACCAAUGGGAUCCCAACACAAAUACCGGCACAAUAUCAGUUCAUUUCUUGGGAGGGCUGGAGGAUGACCUUAAAGACCCAAAACUGCCCCGAAUCGCAUUCCAUCUUCUGGAAAUUCUCCAUAAACAUGGUCAAGGCUCCACGCAAGGUUAUGUCAAAAGGGUAAAUCACGAUCUUAUUAUCCCACAGAUACGAUUCCAAGAUAGAUAUGCAUAUUUGAAGAGCAAAUAUGCUCGUCAAUUGGUCGAUAACUGGGCAGAGAUCACGGAUCCUGAGAAACAUGUAUUCGAGGACCUCGGCAUUGCUGCUUUCCUGAUCGAGCUAUGGACAGAUAUGUACAAGGGCCGUACGUUUCCUGGAUUCGUAGACAUUGGCUGCGGAAAUGGAUUGCUUGUCUAUCUCCUAACGCAAGAGGGCUAUAGCGGAUGGGGUUUCGAUGCCCGGGCUCGUAAGUCGUGGGCCAACUACACGACACCAACAUCCUCCUCUCCCUCAGGAAAAUCUCUCGAAGAGAGGCUUUUAUUGCCAAGCAUAAUACCCAUUCAAACGAAUGAAGAUGGUGCUCCUCAGCUGGAUGCCGCUCAACUUCACGAUGGACUUUUCAAAGCUGGCACAUUCAUCGUCUCCAACCAUGCAGACGAGCUGACGCCUUGGACACCUAUCCUUGGUGCAAUAUCACAAUGCCCCUUUAUUAUGAUCCCCUGUUGCAGCCACAGCCUCGAUGGCAAGAAAUUUCGAGCUCCUCCGCCAAAGGACAAGUCGAAAUCAAAGUCGACAUAUGCCUCCUUGGUUGAAUGGGUUUCGCAGAUUGCAGAAGACUGCGGGUGGCAACCGGAAACUGAAAUGCUGCGUAUCCCAAGCACACGAAACACGGGAAUCAUCGGUCGCAAUCAGAUCAAGGACGCUGCUGACAAUGACAUUCACCACAUCUUGCAGAAAUACGGCGGUGUCGAGGGAUACUAUGACACUGUGGUCAAAUUAGUCAAGUCAGGGCCUCGAGCACACUGA